AUGAGCCCUGCCCUGCUGCUGGCCCUCCUGGUCAUCACCCUCACCCUGCCUCGAGUGCAGACCCUGACCUGCUUCCAGGGGUCACUGAUGGAGGUGAGGAAUGCAUCAGAACUGCCCCUCCGGUGGACGACUGGCCAGAAGAACUGUGAGGAUGGCUGGGGCUGCCAGGAACUGCUGAUGCUCAUUGAGAAUGGACCCCAUGUGAACGUGGUGAUCAUCAAGGGCUGUACCCAGGAGGCCAACCAGGAGGCCCGAGUCACCCACCACAGGACAGGCCCCGGCCUCUCCAUCGCCUCCUAUACCCAUGUAUGCCGGGAAAACUUGUGCAACAGUCUGUCCACCAGCCUCCCUCUCUGGACCAUGCCCCCAACCACAGGCCUGGGGUCUCCGCGGUGUCCAGUCUGCUUAUCUGCAGAAGGCUGUCUGUCUGCACCAGAGCUGACCUGCCCUGCUGGGAGCACACACUGCUACAAUAUGGGCGUCCCCCUCUCCCCCUCUCUCCCUUUCCCCAGGGGGCCUCUCCACCGUCUGAAAGUCCAGGGAUGCAUGACCCAAGCAGGCUGCAACCUGCUUAAUGGGACUUGGGAAAUUGGGCCCAUCUCUCUGAGGGAGACCUGUGAUCCUAAAGAUUUUCUGAUCUGUCAUCGGGGGGUCAUGUUGACAGCUUCUCAAAACCUGACUUAGAAACCCGAAGAAUACGGGGAGGUGUGUCAGGAGACUCUUCUGCUCAUACAUGCAGGACACAGAUCACUCCUCCUGGCGAGCAAAGGCUGCAGCAAGGCCAGGACACAGGCACCCCAGGCCAUCUCCAUACACUCAAGGCCCCCCGGAGUACUCGUUGCGUCCUAUGCCCAUUUCUGCUCCUUUGACAAGUGCAACUCAGCCAGCAGCAGCAGCGUCCUGUUGAACUCCCUUCCUCGUCUAGCUGCCCCUGCUCCAGGACACUUACGGUGUCCCACCUGUGUGGGAGUAUUUGGAUCCUGCUCACCUGAUAUUGUGACCUGUCCUGAGGGUACCAGUCAUUGUUACAACGGUCACAUUGCUAUCAGAGGAGGUGGGCUAAGCUCUUCAUCAAACAUCCAAGGCUGUGUGGCCAAACCUUCCAGCUCCUUAUUGAACCAUACCCGGAAUAUUGGGGUCUUUGCUGUGACCGAGAACAGCAAUCGCAGGGAUGAGGGGGGUGAAGAUUUGAAUAAGCACAUACUCCAAAAUGGAGCUGCUCCUGCCCCCUACCUGGCUUGGAUGGUAUGGCUGGGGCUUUCCCUAGCCAUUUGGUGUGGGGGGCCCUCCCUCCUGACCCCACUUCCCCUUGAUUCUCAGCCCUUGCUAACCCCUUAG